GUACAUCUUUGUAUUAGAAGAAUAUAUUUUUAAGGAUAUUCUAAGAAAGUGCUAUCAAGUGCUAUAUUGCUCAGAAGUAUGUUUUCAGCAUCACCUAAUCUCAUCUUAAGCAUUGUUUCCACCGGAGGAACAAAUAGCAACAUGUAGCAACAUUUUUGUUGCCUGUGUUUCUUCUUGUUUGUAAAUUUAGGAACUUAUUAGCAACAAAUGUAAACUUUUUAUUUCCACUGACAGAACUUUUUGUUUCCGGUCGUUUCUGAUAACUGAGAGAGAGCAACUUAGUGUUUCCACCGCGGUUGGUAAACAUGGAUCAAGAUGAUGAAAUAGCUGCAGCAGCGGCGGCCUAUAUAGUGUUGUCGGCAAAAAAGAAAAAAAGAAAGCACAAAUGUUGGGUGAAACCAAGUCUCUGUGAUAGAAGUGAAUAUGGUGGCAUGCAUCUACUCAAUGUAUUAAAAAAAGACGAUGUAUACAUAGGAAAUAAUAAAAAUAAUGGUAGUGUCAAAAAUUUUUUACGAAUGUCCAGCACCGAUUUUGAAUGGUUAUUAUGUCAAAUUUCCCUCAAAAUACAGAAAGAAGAUACAAAUUAUAGACAAGCCAUUUCACCAAUGGAACGACUACUGCUCACACUGCGAUUCCUUGCAACAGGCGAUUCUUACCAUUCCUUGAUGUACUUGUUCAAAAUUUCGGUAUCAUCAAUUAGUAGAAUUAUACCAGAAGUAUGUAAAGUAAUCGCUGAAGUUCUGAAGGAUAAACUUAAGAUGCCUCAGAGUAGAGAGGAGUGGCUUAUUACGGGACAUCAAUUCGCUAAUCUUUGGAAUUUUCCUAAAUGUGCCGGGGUUAUGGAUGGCAAACACAUUAUGAUACAAGCACCAAAACAUAGUGGCAGUGAAUUUUAUAAUUAUAAGUCCUUCUUCAGUGUGGUGUUAUUUAUUGUGGCCAACGCAAAUUAUGAGGUGAUGUAUCUUAAUGUGGGCAGCCAAGGUCGUAUAUCCGACGGUGGAGUGUUUGACAGUACUCAUUUCAAAAAAAUGUUAUAUCAAAACACGCUCAAUUUGCCUGAAUUAGAACCAUUGCCAGGAAGAACAAAAGCUGUUCCGUUUGUUUUUCUAGGAGAUGACGCUUUUCCCCUAUCACCAAACUUAUUGAAACCUUACCCUGGCACUCAAGAGAAAGGUUCCUCAAAACGAAUUUUUAAUUACCGCUUGUCACGCGCUAGGCGUAUUUCUGAGAACGUUUUUGGAAUCAUGUCUGCUAGGUUCAGGGUAUUAAGAAAACCCAUGCUACUUGAACCCGACAGAGUGGAAUUAGUUGUUGCUGCAUGUGUAUAUCUCCAUAAUUUUCUGAGAAGCAGUUUACAUUCCCGAAAGUCAUACUCACCUCCUGGCACCUUUGAUUCAGAAGACAAAGAUACGGGCGAAAGGAUCCCAGGUUCUUGGAGAAACGAAAUAAACAACAAUAUGUUUGCAUCACUGCAAAAACAAGCACGUAAUUCAACGUUGGAAGCUAAACAAGUUCGAGAUGAAUUUGCUCAAUAUUUUAUGUCACCCGAAGGAAUGGUUCCAUGGCAAAAUAAUUUUUAACUUUGUAUAAAAAUUACAAAUAAAACAAAAAAAAUACGUACCUCA